UCGGUGCUUUUCAAAAAUUUCGACAAACUUUCAUCAGAAAUGAGGAGUGGAAGUGGAAGAGACCAAUAAUUUCUAGUUCCAUGUCCGUCCGUCAUUCUAUGCCAGCGUCGCUUGUCGUAGUCGUGACUCGUGGACUCGUGGACGUAACACAGCAUGCUUGAUGCGCUACUUGUUAUGAUUUGAACGCUGUGAAUAAAUUUUUGCCUUUUUCUGUGUAAAAAUAAUUCGACAACAUGGUACUUAACUUAGAAAUUGUAGUUGGGACUUACGAACAAUUUUUGCUUGGUUAUACCGUCGACGAUGCCGAAAAAAAGUACAAAAUAGAGCAAAGUUUUGCAACACACAGCCACCUUGCGAGCAUUCGUAGUGUGGCCAGCAAUAAACAUUAUUUGGCUUCUGCAGCUGCUGAUGAUACAGUUUGUUUGUACGACAUACGCAACAGGACAGAAAAUGGCAAAUUAGUUCAUCACAAUGAUACUGUAAACAGUAUUAGUUUCACACCUGAUGGCUCGCAUAUUAUCACGGCAAGCAGUGAUGGAACUGUGGGAAUUGUACGGUGUGGUAACUGGCAAAUUGAAAAGCACUGGCUGAAACCUCACAAGGGAUUGUCAGUUGAUAUGUUAGCUGUGCACCCAACAGGAAAGUUAGCUAUGACUACUGGACACGAUGGAGUAUUGAGAACAUGGAAUCUUGUUAAGGGUAGACAAGCCUAUGCAACAAAUUUAGUUCCUAGGUGGAAGAUGGAUGCAAAGCAAAUCAGUGUUCUAACAUGGAGUCCGGAUGGUCAUACUUAUCUGCUUGGUGCCAAUAAUAAAAUUGAUAUUUACUUUAUUGAAACUGCAGGCAUUGAAGCAGAGAUCAAUUUUAAUAGUAAAGUUAUAUGUGCUGACUAUUUGAAUAAUAAAAGCAUUGCUAUUGGCCUGGCUGAUGGAAAAAUUGUUACAUACAGCUUAGAAAGUAAAUCUACAAAUGCUGAGAUUCAAGCACAUGAGGCAAGAGUAAAGUGUCUGGCUGUAAGAGAUAAUUUGUUAGUGUCUGCUUCUAGUUCAGGAGAAAUCAAACUUUGGUCUAUCAACAAUGGUGAAUUGACUUUUCUCAAUAAAGUUAAUUGUAGUGCUAGAAUAUCUUGUUUAACAUUGGCCACAUCUCAAGCUAAUAAAAUUAAAAAAGAUGAAAUAGUAGUAGAGGAAAGAGUUUCUGAAAAGUUAUCACAAAAAUUGAGAAAGAAACAAACAGUUACUAUUGAAAUAGAAAAAGAGAUUAAAAACAAUAUAAAAAACACUAUUAAACGUAAUUCAAAAAAGUUAAAACGACUUAAAUCUAAAAAAUGACUGAAAAUGUAUUUUUAAAUUAUUUAGCUUAUAACCUAUUAUUGCUCAAUUGAUAGAAUCGAACUAACUAUGCCAUUCAUAGUAUAAUAAAAUAAUCAUACGUAAUUUUGUCUUUUGUCAUUUACAACUGUUUAUAAAAAAUUAUUUAAAUUUGAUCGCGUAACGAUAAACAAACUGCACUAAUUGAUUCUACCGAAAAAAUUAUUUUGUAAGCCUCUGGCUUUUGUUCGUCAGAAUAUUUUUAAAUUUAAAAUCGUUAUAAACGAUUGGAAUGAAAAAUUUUGUUAUUUUGAAAAACUAAUGAAACGAAUCAGUUCUACGAAAAAAAAACAAGAAUCUCAGGCAUCUUUUAUCAGAUUCUAUUUUGCUAGUAUAAAAGCGUUACAAAUAAUCACAGCUUUAAAAUUAGAUUUAAAUUGUUUAGAUCGACUUUACAGUAGUAUAAUAGAGUUUACCAAAAAUGCAAAAGAGCUUUCCAUUAUAAUUUCUUUGUAAAAUCGAUUUGUACAGUUCAUUUUCCAAAAUAUUUCUGUUUUUUAAAUAAUUUUUAAUAAACAGUUACUAAUUACAGAAAAAAUAUUAUAAAUUGUAUAAUUAGUUUGAUGUUAUCUAGGUCAGUCGUUACCUCAUCUUAAAGGGUUAAUUUUUAUUUAAGUAAUAAAACAUGUUA